AUGGAACUUUUUCACCGGGAUCCGCAGCAUUGGCGGGAAAUCAUGCUGCGAGAGAGGCACCACGAGGACGAGCUGUCGAUCGUCUUGGGAUUGGAUUUCGGCGGGACGGGAAUCAAGGGAGCGCCGGUGGACGUAGCGACGGGAACGCUGCUGCUGGAGCGGUACCGUAUUCCCACGCCCAAUCCCGCCACGCCACAGGCUGUCGCUGACGUCAUCAGGCAGAUCAAGGAGCACUUCCGGGCCCAUUGGUUUUCUUGUUCCUCCUUCAAAUAUGACUUCAACUUUCCUCGCUCUUUCUUCCCGCAUCCCUCCGUUUGCCUCGCCAGUGGGAUGGGCCAAUCGGAAUUGGCGUUCCGUCUGUCGUCCGACGUGGCAUCGUCCGAAGUGCUGCCAAUAGUGAUUGACAAGUCCUGGAUCAACAUCAACGCCGUUGAUCUCGUCCAAUGCGCCACAGGCUGCCACGUGGCAGCAAUCAACGACGCGGAUGCAGCAGGAUUCGCCGAAAUGAGGUUCGGCGCCGGCCGACCCUUGCAGCGGGAAGGCACGGUCCUGAUGACCACGUUCGGCACGGGGAUAGGCACGGCACUGUUCGUGGGCGGGCAUCUGGUGCCGAACCUAGAGAUGGGGCACAUAGAAGUCAACGGGGAAAUUGCCGAGAAGGUGGCAUCUGGAGCAGUGAAAGAGAAGACGGAUAUGAGCUGGAAGAAGUGGGCUGGGCGGGUGAACGAGUAUUUGGCGCGCAUGGAGCAUUACCUUCAGCCGGACCUUAUUGUGAUUGGUGGAGGCAUCAGCAAGAAGGAUGAAAAGGGAGCUCGUUUGCCCAAUGUUGCAGGUCAUCAGAUCACCUCCGUCUACUUACUCUCUCUCACCCACCCAUCCACCCCCUCCUCCACUUUUCUUCCUCACCCCAUUUCUUCGUUCUCCCUCCUUCCUCCCCUGCAUCUGUUGUCAGUGCCCGGGGCCACUCUUAUCUUCCUGCAUCUGCUCUCAGUACCUGGAGGCACGCCCAUAGUGGCAGCGGAGAUGCGCAACGAGGCGGGCAUCGUGGGGGCGGCUGUGGGCGGGUCCAUUCUGCUGGGGGAGCAGCGCGCCGCCAGGGAAGCAGCCCGCCUCACACCAACUCUGCUCAGCUGA